AUAUUUGUUUUCAAAAGCCCUUGCAAACCCCAUUUCUAGUCUUUACUCGAAAGCGAGCGAGAGCAGAGAGCUAUAAAGCCUCACUCGCAGCACAGAGACAUCUAGGGUUUCGUCUUUGCGUAUAUACAGUUCAAAUCUCAUUCCGGAUACCAUCUCUUUAAUAUCCACGCCAAGAUAUGGCGUUGGCAUUUGACGAAUUUGGAAGACCUUUUAUAAUAUUGAGGGAGCAGGAGCAGAAGACCCGAGUGAAGGGGCUCGAUGCGCAGAAGGCUAACAUUGCGGCCGCGAGGGCUGUUGCGAGGAUCCUUCGCACCUCCCUCGGUCCCAAGGGCAUGGAUAAGAUGCUUACCAGCCCCGAUGGCGAUGUCACCAUCUCAAAUGAUGGUGCAACAAUUUUGGAGCAGAUGGAUGUAGAGAAUCAAAUUGGCAAACUGAUGGUAGAAUUAUCUCGGAGUCAGGAUUAUGAAAUUGGUGAUGGAACAACUGGUGUGGUUGUCACGGCAGGUGCACUAUUGGAGCAGGCAGAACAACUUUUAGAACGGGGUGUUCAUCCCAUAAGAAUUGCGGAGGGUUAUGAAAUGGCCUCAAAGAUUUCAGUGGAACAUUUAGAUCGUAUCGCUCAAAAGUUUGAGUUUAGUUUGAACAAUGUGGAACCUCUUGUGCAGACAUGCAUGACCACACUCUCUUCGAAGAUUGUUAAUAGAUGCAAACGCAUGUUAGCUGAGAUUGCUGUCAAAGCAGUACUCGCUGUUGCAGAUUUGGAAAGAAAGGAUGUUAACUUGGAUUUGAUUAAAGUUGAAGGAAAAGUUGGUGGAAGGUUGGAAGAUACAGAGCUGGUUGAAGGCAUUGUUAUUGACAAAGAUAUGAGUCAUCCACAGAUGCCUAAAAGAAUUGAGGAUGCUAAAAUAGCUAUCUUGACAUGUCCUUUUGAACCACCAAAGCCCAAGACAAAGCAUAAGGUUGACAUUGAUACGGUUGAGAAGUUUGAAGCUUUACGUGGGCAGGAAAGACAAUACUUUGAUGAAAUGGUUCAGAGGUGUAAGGAUGUAGGCGCAACUCUUGUCAUCUGUCAAUGGGGUUUUGAUGACGAGGCAAACCAUUUGCUGAUGCACCGGGGCUUGCCAGCAGUGCGAUGGGUUGGUGGAGUGGAACUGGAGUUGAUUGCAAUUGCAACAGGUGGACGAAUAGUUCCAAGGUUUCAGGAAUUGACAUCAGAAAAGUUAGGCAAGGCUGGUCUUGUGAGGGAGAAAGCAUUUGGAACAACUAAGGAUCGAAUGCUAUACAUAGAACAUUGUGCAAAUUCGAAAGCUGUUACUGUUUUUAUUCGUGGCGGAAACAAGAUGAUGAUUGAAGAAACAAAACGAAGUCUUCAUGAUGCACUUUGCGUAGCCCGCAACUUGAUUCGUAACAACUCAAUUGUGUAUGGUGGUGGAUCAGCUGAAAUUUCAUGUUCCCUUGCUGUAGAAGCUGCUGCUGAUAAGAUUCCAGGAGUUGAACAAUAUGCAGUUAGGGCAUUUGCAGAUGCCCUUGAUGCUGUACCAAUGGCUCUUGCAGAAAAUAGUGGACUUCAACCCAUUGAUACUUUGACAGCAGUUAAAGCUCAACAGAUCAAGGAAAAUAACCCUCACUUGGGAAUAGAUUGUAAUGAUGUUGGUACAAACGACAUGAUGGAGCAGAACGUAUUUGAAACUCUAAUUGGCAAGAAACAACAGAUUUUGCUUGCAACACAAGUGGUCAAGAUGAUCUUAAAAAUUGAUGAUGUGAUCUCACCAUCAGCAUAUUAGAUUAUUUUCCUCUGAGCAUGUGUGGUUGUGAAAACACCUAUAUUGGUGAAUUUCAGCGGAAACUAGGCAUUUCUGGAUACUGAAGCUUAUUCAUAAUGAACUGCACACACCUGUGCUGAAUGCUUGUAUUGUGUGAGUGCAUGUAAAUUUGAGGUUUUUUUACAGCGCAAGAUUGGCAAUGAUAUGCCCUGAAUUGCACAAGGAUUUUUUAGAUUUUAUUUUGAAAUGGUAUAAUCACAAGCUGUUACAAUUAAUAGCAAAUUGCAUGGUUCUACAUGUUACAAUUAA